UCCAGCAGGCAUGGCUGCGAGCACCGGUGGGGAACUUAGGCGGCGGCUGGGGGGUCCGGCGGGAGACGCCCCCGACCGACCGCAGGAGCCGCGCGCCCCUCCGGCGCCUUCCUUGCGCCCGGGUUCCUUCUGGCUGACGCGGCUGGUGCUGCUGCGCGCCACCGCCUUCAUUUACCUUGUUGCCUUUCUGGUUGCCUACCAUCAAAACAAAGCCCUCAUUGGAGAUCGAGGCCUUCUGCCAUGCAAGCUGUACUUGGAGAAUGUGAAGCGCCAUUUCAAGGGCAGAAUAAACAUGGAGACAUUAAGCUAUGCCCCAACCCUGAUUUGGUUCUUGGAUUGGUCCAGCAUGGACAGCAUCCUUGAUGCCUUCGCUCUCAUUGGUUUGGCCAUCUCGGCAUUUGUCCUGGUCACUGGAUGUGCCAACAUGAUUCUGAUGGCUGCUGUGUGGACGAUCUACCUCUCCUUAAUUAACGUGGGACAGAUCUGGUAUUCCUUUGGUUGGGAAUCGCAGCUUCUGGAAACAGGGUUUUUGGCCGUCUUCCUAUGUCCUUUGUGGAGGCUUUCCCGUGUGGCCAGGGACACCCCUCCUUCCCUUAUUGUCAUCUGGGCCUAUCGUUGGCUUGUUUUCAGAAUCAUGCUUGGAGCGGGGAUGAUUAAAAUACGAGGGGAUCGUUGCUGGAAGGAUUUGACCUGCAUGAAUUAUCAUUACGAGACUCAGCCAGUUCCCAAUCCUGUGGCCUAUUUCAUGCACCGGUCGCCUUGGUGGUUCCAUGCAUUUGAGACUCUCUUCAACCAUUUCAUUGAGCUGGUUGUGCCUUUCUUUGUCUUCCUGGGGCGGCGCAUGUGCCUGGCCCAUGGCAUCCUUCAGAUCCUCUUCCAGGUACUGCUUAUCAUAAGUGGGAAUCUAAGCUUCCUCAACUGGUUGACCAUCGUGCCCAGCAUAGCAUGUUUUGAUGAUGCCUCCUUGGGGUUCUUGUUUGGUUCCAGCAAAGGAUCACUGAAGACCCACGUCCUGAAGAUACAAGCGGAAGAAGCAGCAGGAAAAUCUGGACCUUUACAAUACGGGAGCUACAUCCGCAAAGCUGUGAAUGUAUCCUUGGGGGCUCUGAUCAUCUUCCUCAGCAUCCCAGUGGUUCUCAAUCUGAUUAGUGCCCAGCAAAUCAUGAAUACUUCCUACAACCCCCUCAGGAUCGUCAACACCUACGGAGCAUUUGGAAGCAUCACCAAAGAGAGAACUGAGGUUAUAAUCCAAGGGACUUCCAGCUCGGAUCCCAAUGAUCCUGAUGCAGUUUGGGAAGAAUAUGAAUUCAAGUGUAAACCCGGGAAUCUGCAGAGGCGGCCCUGCCUAAUCAGCCCCUACCAUUACCGCCUGGAUUGGCUCAUGUGGUUUGCCGCUUUCCAGACCUACGAGCAGAACGAAUGGGUUAUUCACUUAGCCGGGAAACUCUUGGCCAACGAGAAGGAAACGUUGUCUCUUCUGGCCUUCAACCCGUUUGAGGACAAGGCACCACCCAAGUGGGUCCGGGGAGAGCAUUUCAGGUACAAGUUCAGCCGGCCAGGUGGGCAGCACGCCCAGCAGCAGAAAUGGUGGAUCCGUAAGAGGCUUGGACCCUACUUCCCGCCUGUCAACCUGAAAGGACUGAAGAAGUUUUUCAAGGCUCGAAACUGGCCGGACCCGAAGCAGAAUUGAGCUUGGUGAUCUAGAAUUACCCCCUGUUUUGUCUUUGGCCUUCCUUUGAGUUGUGUGAAUUCUCUGCUCUGUUGUCAAUCCUUCACAGCAGAGACAACCCCCCCAGCACUCUCUCAAGCCCACCAGGCCAGGGAUAAAAAUCUUGCGGUUUCUUUUCUGUAUUUAGGGGAGCUGAGGCCGCAAAGGAUGCUCAGAGCAUUACUUGGAAAUGAACGGGUCGAAAAAUGAAAACUCUGGCCAUGAGUAGGUUUUAGCAUCUCUUACCGUCCUGAUUAGCCUAAGAAAAGGGAGCUUUCCAAAGAUCAGCCAGGGGAAGACACGCCAAAUGCAAUAAUUAGAUGUUAACAUAGUUUACAGGCCCCGAAAUGUUAGCAAAAUUAGCAACAUGAAGGGAGGCAACCUUUGUGAUGAGAGGGAGAGCGACGGGUUGUUCAGAAGAUGGAGGAUUUUUCUUGAAAAAGGCAUGGAAUUAAUCUGACAUCUGUCUAGGGCGGUUGAAUGUUUAAUUCGAGAGCUGGGUUGAUUACACAGAAAUUGUCAUAUUAGGCGUAACCUUAAAUGAAGGUUAGUGCUGUCCAAGACCCAACAACUUAUUUUCCACCCAUCAACUUUUGGAAAAAUGAGAUACCCCCCCCCCACACACACACCUUAUAAAAAUUAGGUUGUGGAAGCCUGGAUCCAGGGAUCCCAAAGUCUGUUGGUUCAACUGAUUUCUGCCUGAAGUCAGCUUCCUCCUUCAAGCGCCAUCCAUACCUUUCCUACAAAGCCAUAGAUGCAAAAUUGAAAUUAGAUGCGAAAAAGGCUAAAACCUCCAGAGAUUUCAUGGGGUUGCAUAAAGAUCUAGUGAGAGGUCGCUCCGCUCAGGAAUUUUGGCCAAGCUACUUUGCACACAAGUGACAAGAGAAGUCCUACCUGUUAAGGUAGGAUUUAAUUUCAUUUUUAGGUCCUUGGGCGCCACCUAGUGUUGAUGUUGUUACUAUAUCAGCAGGAGAGUAACUACUGUAAGCGGGUGAAGAGAUAUUUCUUUUCUGCCCUCUCCUUUCCUUGUCUUAUUUUUUUCCUUCUGAUAUCUUUCUCCAGUACAGCCUCUGGGGAAACGAGGCAGCUCCCACCAAAAUCUGGAAUAAUCUCUUGCAAAAGGCAAUUUAAAUCUAGGUGAGGGCUGCUGGUCAACCAAUUAAUGCUUAGUUUGUGAGUACAACCCAUUGGGGUUUUUUAGUACUUUUAUUUGGCAUCUGCUUAUAUUUGAGCACAGUAAAAGACCAAUUCUUGGGAAACUUAAGAUAAACCAACCUUUUUUUUUUAAUUCUUCGUUCUAGAACAAGCAGCAUUAAAAUUCACCCUUAAUGUCCAGAGUUCAAAUUCACAGAAAAUACUUUUUUUAAAAAAAGCAUUUGACCACUUUUAACAGUGGUCAAAAUUAGAAGGAAUUUGUCCCAGGGAUUCUGUCUAUUAUGUAUUUUUAGAUCUAAUGGGUAUCUGGCUCUCCUUGCAAGGGGACUAACUAGUACACAAGGACCAAUCCCACUUAAAAUCUUCAUAUCUAGAAAACCUGUUUCACGUGAAAAAAAAAGCUGUCAUUCUUUUCUAAUAACAUUUCCCUCUGAUUAAUACACCAUAAACUUUAUUAAACUGAAACAAGCGAGAAGGUCAACUCUACAAGUCUAAUUAAAGCUAUUUGUCUUCAUUGCUUCA